AAAUGCGAUUCCGUACAUGAUGUCAUGCCAUAUUGCCUUUCUUUUUUCUCUCUCCACCACCCUUGUUUGCUUUUUAAGCACCAAAACCCCGGUUUUCCUUUUAUCUGUUUAUCCCUCUAUUUAAUUCUCAUUCCCCUCUCCCGCUUUCCCUUCCCCCAUCCCCCUUUCCUCUUUUUCCAUUUCUAGGGUUUCCCUUUUCUAGAGAGAGAGUAACAGUGAGGAGAGAGAAAAAGCAGGCAUGGGUUCUAUACCCGACCCGGGCGAGGCGACUCAGUCGAACUCACCACCGAGCUUUGAGGAUUUUCAGAAGCAGACAUCUCUGAUGACGUCUUGUACUCUUUUAUGGAAGGAGCUUUCAGAUCACUUCAACACUCUUGAGGAAGAUAUUCGUAGGAAAUCCGAGGCUUUGAAGCGCAAAAUCCAAACCUUAGAUGAUCAAACCAAGCAGUCUCUUGAAGUUCUUAAGAAGAGGGAGGUAACAAUUGAAGGUUCUGUUGAAAUUGCAAUUGGAAGAGCUGAAGAGUCUAAGAAGGUCGCAUUGAGUCCUGGAGUUGAGGUUAUUGAAAAUGUGGGAGGACAAGGACUGGGUGAGGUUGAUGAUGGAGAAGGUUUACUAUUGAAAUUGAAAGGUUUCUGUAUUUGGAUGGAUUAUGGAGGGUUUUGGAGGUUUGUUACCGUCAGGAAGAAAGAACUUGAUUUGCUAAGAGCUAAAAUUCCUUUAGCUUUGGUGGAGUGUGUUGAUCCGCCUAAAUUUGUGUUGGAAGCGAUUUCGGAGGUGUUUCCCGUGGAUAAAAGAGUUGAUAAAAGUGAAAGAGUGAAUGAUUUGGGCUGGGCUUGUGUUCUGCUGUUGGAAUCUCUAAUUCCUGCAGUCUUUGAUCCAGUGAUUGGCAAGGAGCGUUUGCUUGUAACACCAAGUGUUAAGGAAAAAGCUGAGGGCAUAGCGGAGACAUGGAAGAGGAGCUUGGAAGAGCGUGGUGGUAUCGAAAAUGUUAAGACUCCUGAUGUUCAUACUUUUCUGCAGCAUUUAGUUACUUUUGGGAUUGUAAAGAAGGAAGAUGUGGGUCUUUACCGUAGGCUCAUUGUUGGUUCUGCUUGGAGGAAGCAGAUGCCUAAGCUUGCUGUUUCUCUUGGCUUAGGUGAUAACAUGCCUGAGAUGAUUGAAGAGUUAAUUAGCAGGGGUCAACAGGUUGAUGCUGUUCAUUUUACUUAUGAAGUUGGUCUUGUAGAUAAGUUUCCACCAGUUCCGUUACUGAAGUCCUUCCUUAGGGAUGCAAAAAAGGCUGCCACUGCAAUUUUGGAAGACCCAAACCAUAGUGGACGUGCUGCGCAUUUAGCUAAUCGGAAAGAGCAGUCUGCUCUGAGAGCAGUCCUUAAAUGCAUUGAAGAAUACAGACUUGAAGAUGAAUUUCCUUCAGAAAACCUCAAGAACAGGCUGGACCAGUUGGAGAAGAUGAAAACUGACAAGAAGAAAACUACACCAGUACCUGCAAACAAGAGGACUAGGGUUUGUAACAAUGGUCCCAUGCCUCCAGCAAAAGCGGGCCGUUCCACAAAUGCAUAUGUAUCAUCAUUUCCAUCAACUCCAGCUGCAUUUGUCAGGUCUGUUUCACACCCCCAGUACCCAGCUGGGGUUGCACCUUAUCCUUAUGACAGACCUGCACCUGCUAUGUACGGAAGCAGCAGCCCUCCUUACCCUUACUCACCUGAGACAGCCCCUCCUGCUAUGACUGGUCCAUACGCUGGAGCACCUAUUAGCUACCCGGCUUAUGUCUACAACAACGGGAUGGCACCAUCUUAUCCACAGGUUUUCUACUGAUAGUUGACUAGUCUUCCUUAACCAUGAGACUGGUUUUGUAACCACAAUGACCUUCUUGAUGUCAAAAAUGGUUUUAUUGUAAUCACUAACCUUAUAAUGGUAGCGAUGUGUGUUUAUUACUACGAAAAAAAUCUGUAUUUUCUAAUGUUAAUCAAACCAAUAGAUCUAGGUGUUGUGAAAUAGUAACUAGGAUGAAGUUUUAAUGAUAUCCAAGUCCAAGGGUGUAGAUGAACCCUGAAUUUUAGUAGAUAACUGCUUUGCUGA